AGAACUGCUCGGUUCAAUCGACUUCUUCAAGAUCACGACCUCUCACCGGCAGGUUCGCUGGCUCUUUACUCGUGCCCGGCGUACAGUGCUUCCGCUCUGACCGCCCCGAGGAGCGACGAGCUGGGCAGAGCCUCGUCCGGCUCGGCGUUCAGUCCCUACGCGGGCUCGGCAGCAUUCACAGCCCCCUCUACAGGCUUCACUAAUCCGCUUCAGUACUCAACUGACCCCGCUACUGGAUUCCCGUCCUACAUGGGUUCCCCGUACGAUGCUCACACUACAGGGAUGGCUGGAACCCUCAGUUACCACCCGUACGGUAACGCGGCUUAUCCUUAUCAACUCAACGACCCGGCUUAUAGGAAGAACGCCACCCGAGACGCCACGGCCACUCUCAAAGCCUGGCUGCAAGAGCACCGGAAGAACCCGUACCCGACCAAAGGGGAGAAGAUCAUGCUGGCCAUCAUCACCAAGAUGACCCUGACCCAGGUCUCCACCUGGUUCGCCAACGCCAGGAGGAGACUGAAGAAAGAGAACAAAAUGACCUGGGCUCCGAGAAACAAGAGCGAGGACGAAGAGGAGGAGGAAUCGGGGGACAGUGAAAGAAACAAGGAAGGGAGUUUGAAGAAAAAACACGACCAGAACGAAACAUCGGCAGAGGAUGAAGGCAUUAGUUUGCACGUUGACACGCUAACCGAGAGCUCCUGCUCCCCAGAGUGCGAAGGAGACAAAGGGAGCAGGGUGGAGGGCAGCAUUUGUGAAUCUGGCUCCGAAUCGAAGGAAAAAUGUGACAAUUGUAUCGAUGAUGACGACGCCGUUGAUGAUGAUGAUGAUGAUGAUGAUGGCAGCGAUGAGGAGCGGGAGCUUUCUCACAAAACUAUGAAUUCCUCGCCUCUGACUCGGGUGGACGCGGCGCUGCUUCACGUUCAAGAAGACGAGAGCUCGGGGAGUAGAACCAAACACAGCCUGAACAGUAUCAUCACCUCCGCUUCACAGACUCCAGCCAGCAAACCCAAACUUUGGUCUUUAGCGGAAAUCGCCACCUCGGAUAUUAAGCAGCAGUUCGGACAGAUUUGUUCUCCGUCGCCGAACUCCUCAUCGUCGACCUCUGGCUCUACCUACCCGGCCACCUCAAUCCUGGGUAGGCCCAUUUACUACACUUCACCCUUUUAUACUAACUAUACGAACUACGCCAACUUCAACCAUCUGCAAAGCCAAGGCAUCUUGCGAUACAGCACCAACGAGACUGUCUUAAACAAUGCCUCCUUGCACAAACAAAGUACUGACUCUCUGAAAAAUGCCAGUCCCCAGCUCGAGCAACACUUCAGGGCCACAAAUUACGACUCCAAAAAAGACCCCAGUGAUGUCUGCACAGUAGGAGUGCAACCAUAUCUAUAGAUGUGUUAUCAGCAGUGCAAGUAAGUGAUCAUAUGAAAAGACGCAUCUAAGAUACAAAGUUUGGAGUUUAAGUAGUGAAAUCAAUGUGCUGCAAAACGAGGAAGGGGGGGGAAUACAAAUUAAAUAUUGGUCUAACUGAAAAUUAUGUAAACUUAUUUCGUGACAUUAUUUAUUGGUAACAGAUAUGUAGGGUUUAUAAUAACAAAGGCCCACCCCGUCACAAAUUCUGCAAUAUUUUAACCUAUGCUCAGUACGUCUCUGAAAUUGUGACAGCUCUAUGCUUACCAGUUGGUUGACUGGGAUUCUGUUUUAUUUCCUUGGUCUGCAGGUAGGUGUCACAAUUGCUUUGAAAAUGUCAGCGAGCCAUCCCCCAGCUAUUAAGCAAAAAAAUGUAUAUAGUACUGGAUCACAUCUUGUGCCACUGUAUAGAGAAGACCCCACAAAGCACUAUUUUAAUUCACAGAUGAUGUUACUAAGAAAGCAAAUUCCUGCAACAUAUCUCUGCAUUUGUUGGUUAAUUAUUAUUCUGUAUAUGUGAUUUUUGGAAAAUGUCUUCUCAGGUUUUCUUCACUUGAUCCGUUGAUUUGCCACGUUCUAGGUGUAAUGCGGCUUUAUUGUAAAACUAUUUGUAGAUAUACAGUAGAACAAUGUGAUUGAAGAACUUGAGUAUCUGA